CCCUGUAGGCUGACUCUUGUGCCAACCUCUGUGAGAACAUCAGUGGGUGCAGGGUACUUGACAGAGCCGGCGCCAGGGAGUUAAUACCACUCAGUGCUGCUGGAGGUGUGACACCAGCCCUCUGCACAUUGAUGCACACAGGAUUAAUCCACUGCAUGAUGCUCCAGGCAUAAGGCCUGGCACAGCUGAUUUACUGUCCCUGUCAGACUUGACAUCUUUGAAGGCCUCCUCUGCCCUGCACCUGACUUCAGUGGAAGGACUUGGAAGAAACAUCUGCCACUGCACCAACCGGAUCACCGAAAGGGAUGACUGGCAGUCAUCUGGCUCAGGAGUAAGAGAGGAAGCAAUGGGCUGGACUAUGACUCUAAAAGAUGACUUUGGGGCCAUUGCCUGGACGCGACAUGCUGGAAGCUCCCUCAGCCUCUUCCUCCUCUUGUCACUUGUUUCCCUCUCAGUCCAGUCUGAUGUUGUGUUUACAAAGGACCACCAUUUCUCUUGGAAAGCAGGCCAGUGGGGUCAGUGUGUCGGGGAGGAGUGUGGCUCUGGCGGGCUUCAGACGAGGACAAUAUGGUGUGUCCACAUGGAAGGCUGGACUACCCACCAUUCUCACUGCCAGCACGUGGACAAGCCAGAGAGCCAGCGGCACUGCUUUAAGGUCUGCGACUGGCACCAGAACCUCUUUGUGUGGGAGGUGUCGGACUGGGGGGGCUGCGUUCUUGUCUCUUUCUUUCCCAGCGAGCACCGGCUGAGGACGGCUGAGUGCAUCACGGCACAGCACGGCAUCCAGAGGCGCAAAGUCCAUUGUGUGCGCACUUCAAACCGCACCGCCGUCACCUUGAGGAUAUGCGAGUUCUUUUCCCAGAAACCACCUGUGGAGCAGGCGUGCCUCAUCCCCUGCCCACAGGAUUGUGUAGUUUCAGACUUCACCUCCUGGUCCAGUUGCAGCAAAACAUGCAGCAUUGGCCUGCAGCAUCGAACGCGACAUGUCCUGGCCACACCGAUGUACGGAGGGGCCAGCUGCCCCAACUUAACUGAGACCAGGACUUGUUCCGGCCUUGUCGACUGCCCUCCUGGGGAGGGCGAGUACGAGUACAGCCUUAAAGUAGGGGCCUGGAGCGAGUGCCGACUACCCCGUCACAAGGAUGCCCUGUUAAGUGGCAGGACCAAAGUGGACUUCAGCACAAGCUCCAAUGAGAGCAACACAGUCACAUUGAACACACAGGCUUCUCACCACCACCACCAGCACCACCACCGUCACCAGCAUCAUCAUAAACAGAAGUAUCCCAUGUCGUGGGAACUGGAGGUGGGAUACCAGACGCGGCACGUCCGCUGCACGCGAACUGACGGCAAGAAUGCUAUGUUGAGUCUAUGUACCAAGGACAACUCCGCCCUGACCUUUCAGGCGUGUGUGAUGCCCGAAGACUGUCAAACAUCCGAUUGGUCCUCGUGGAGUCCCUGCUCCAAGACCUGCCGAUCCACCGAUCUGUCUCCUGGUUACCGCCUCAGGUCACGAAUCAUGACGCAGAUCCCAGUUGGAGGAGGGCAGAGAUGUGCUGCCCUGGAGGAAAAAGAAGCUUGCAACAUCAUCGGAGAUUUACUUCCAAACUGCCCCAGGUAUGUGUGGAGGACCACUGACUGGGGCGAAUGUCGCAUCCUCCCCUUACUGAGCCAGCAGGACCGGCGGCUGGCGAACAUCAGUGUUCUGUGUGGACGGGGGAUCCAGAGCAGGAAGACCUACUGUGUUCAAGUCGCUGAUCACUCGGCACCGCAACACAGGAAGGAGGUGUCCAGGCCUGUAAACGCCAGGCUGUGCGCUGGUGAAGAGCCCCCCUUGGCAGUCCACCACUGCUCCAUCCCUUGCCAGCACCAAUGCCUGCUCUCCAAGUGGUCACCCUGGGGUGCCUGCCUACAUGACAACUGCAAAGAACCACAGGGGAAGAAAGGUUUCAGACAGAGGAGGAGACAGGUGUUGUGGGAGUCCAGCAGUCCUCCGGAGACCUGCUCUCAUCUGGUGGAUUUCAUCCCCUGUGAUGAUCCUGCAUGCUACCUGUGGCAGGUCCAACAAGCAGGAGGAUGCAUUCCCACUAAUCACUCUUGUGGUCCUGGAACGGCGGCCCAGAAUGUGACCUGUGUCAGCGCUGAAGGGAACGAUGUGCCGGUGGCCCACUGCGAACACGACCCGACCCCCUUAGAAGUGGCCUGCGAGGUGGCCUGUCCUGCAGACUGUGUGGUUGGCUCCUGGUCUUCCUGGUCCCCCUGCUCACACAGCUGUGCCACCAAGACCGCCGAGGGUCGACAGAGCCGCGGUCGCACUGUGCUGGCCAUGCCAGGAAAAGGAGGAAAGGAGUGUCCGGCAGCUUCAGCCCUGCAGGAGUGGCGAGUCUGUAAUGACCAGCCUUGUAUUGUGUUCCACUGGGAGGCCUCAGCCUGGGGUCCUUGUAUGGAGGAUGGCUCCAUGGAUCUCAAUGAAACCAGCUCCAGAAAUGAGACCUCAACAUGUGCUAUGGGUCUUCAGAUCCGCAAAGUGAGCUGCACGAAGAUGAACGUUGGACCUGUGACGAAUAAAAGGUGUUCAGAUUCUGCUCGUCCAGAAACCACCCGACCCUGUACGCUGCCCUGCAAGAAAGACUGCAUUGUGACACCCUUCAGUGAAUGGACAGCCUGCCCAUCCACCUGUGUGCCAGAAAAUGCAACCGCCGCCUCCGAGUCUCGAUACCGAAUCAUCAUUCAGAGGUCUGCUAAUGGAGGUCAAGAGUGCCCUGACACACUGUACGAAGAGAGAGAGUGUGAAUCACUUCCUGUGUGUCCAGUGUAUAGUUGGAGAGCUAACAAGUGGCACAGCUGUAGUUUGGUUCCGGAUUCUGUCCGACGUGGAUUGUCGGGACCAGGAGAAGCCUGUGGAAACGGUUUAGAAACAAGAGGAGUCAGUUGUGUUGGGGAGAGCGGCGAGUCGGCCAAUAUGACAGAGUGCCUGCAAUGGGCUGGUCCCCUGCCCCCUCAGAUCAGAGAGUGCCGGGUGGCUUGCAAGGAUGACUGCACUCUCACCGCUUGGUCCAAGUUUUCUGGCUGCGCUGGAUGCGGCAGCUCCAGCCGUCGCAAUCGCGUCCUCACAGGUCGCAGUAAAAAGAAGGAGCAUUGCCUGAAUAAGGAGCGGUACCCACUGGAGGAGACAGAAAUGUGUCCCUGCGAUGAGUUCUUGUCCCAGCCCUAUGGGAACUGGUCUGCAUGCAUCCUCCAUGAUCCAUCAGCUCCGGGGUCGCUGCAUGGCUGGAUGAGCCACCGGGAGGUGAAGGAGUAUGGCCAAGGUUUGCGCUACAGAGCCGUGGCCUGCAUUGACCAGCAGGGACACCUGGUCGACCCGCCUCCCUGCACAGACUCAGGCUACAUGGUGGAGGUUUGCCACGUCCCUUGCCCCCUCGACUGUAAGCUCAGUGACUGGUCAGCCUGGUCAGCCUGCAGUGCGUCCUGUGGCAGUGGGUUGAAGAUCAGGUCCAAGUGGCUCAGGGAGAAAUCUUUCAAUGGAGGACGGCCAUGCCCCAAGCUGGAUUUGAAAAAUCAGGUAUAUGAGGCGGCGCCGUGCUACAGUGAAUGCGGCCAAUACGAGUGGAGGAUCGAGCCGUGGUCCAUUUGUACCAUCAACACUGUGGACGACCUGCCAGCCUGCGGGGAUGGAGUCCAAAGCCGCAAGAUCAGGUGUAGAAAGCAGGGAACAACGAGUGAGGAUAACAGUACCUUGGAGGACAGUCUGUGUGAGGAGGAGGAAAUGCCUCCCAGAGCCCAGGUCUGCUUCCUGGCCUGCCCCGAGGACUGCGUCGUGGCCCCCUGGGGAGCUUGGAGCAACUGCCCUCUGCAAUGUCACGGAGGAACAGCUCGGAACAGGAGCAGACACAUCCUCCGCCUCCCAGCCUCGGAAAGCUCAGCCUGUCCACAGCUGGUCCAGUCGGAGCCCUGUAUUCUCAACAGCACCUGCUUCUCCUACCAGCACCGAGUCUCAGACUGGAGUACAUGCCAGCUGAGCGAAAAUGCCAUCUGUGGUCAGGGUUCACGUUUUCGUCUCGUAGACUGUAUUCGCAGCGACGGCAAGCUAGUGGAGUUGCUGAAAUGCAAGCAGUUUGGUCUGAUCAACAAGUGGAGGCUGUCAGAGAACUGCGUGGUUAACUGUCCUGUCAACUGCAUCCUCUCUGAAUGGUCGCAGUGGGCUGAAUGUUCGCACACCUGCGGUAACCAAGGUCAGUCUGUGCGCAGCCGGAGGAUCCUGCAGGAGGCUCAUGAGGAGGGCCGGCCCUGUCCCCAGCAGCUCACCCAGACCAAGCCAUGUCCCAUAAGGCCUUGCUAUACAUGGCUGCUUAGUGACUGGUCUCCAUGCACUGUGGAGGGUGCAGAGUGUGGCGAGGGGCUUCGGAGGAGGAGCCUGUCAUGUGUCGCCCACAAGGGCAACUGGCCCGAGUCUCCUCCGCAGCCAAUGGACGCAGAGCUUUGUGGAGACAAACUGCGGCAGCAGAUCCAACAGGAAAUGCAGCAGCCCUGCUUUGUCCCCUGUCCAGGAGACUGCCAUUUGACUGUGUGGUCAUCUUGGAGCUCCUGCCAGCUGACCUGCGUGGAGGGGCGAAGUUUUGAGACCACCGGUCGCCAAGCUCGCUCUCAAGCUGUGAUCAUUCAGGUCAUGCAGAACCAGGGCAGCUGCCCACAUCAAGUGUUUGAGACACAGCCUUGUAAAGGGGGGAAAUGCCACAGUUACCAGUGGUUGAUGGGAGGAUGGAGCAACAAUAAAAGAGUGGUGUGGUGUCAGCGCUCAGAUGGCGUCAAUGUCACAGGGGGGUGUUUCCUGCAGAAAAGGCCGACCACAGUCAGACACUGCCAUCCUCCGUGCACCAAACCCUUCUCGCACUGCACACCGAGCGGAGUGUGUGGGUGUGAGAAGGGUUACACUGAAGUUAUGACCACGCACGGCUUCUUGGACUACUGCACCAGAACCCCGGGGGUGGACACCAACAAGAAAGCUGAUGUGAAAACCAACUCUGGAAGAUUAAAACCCGGACCGUCUAAGGCCCAGGACCUCUUUAGUGAGUGGACCUUAAGACCUGUUGGCCCAGAUGGAAGAGUAAAGCUGUGGGUUUACGCCGUGACUGCUGUUGGAUUCAUCUUCAUUCUCUUCAUUAUUGCAUUAUCCUUCCUGGUUUGCAAGCCGUCGAAAUCUACGAAGACGUCUCCUCCGCCGCAGAAGCCCUUGACCCUGGCCUACGAUGGUGACAUAGAUAUGUGAGGCGGCUGUACGUCACAAGACGUGUUCGGCCCCAGACAGACUCCAGACGACGUUCUGUUUGUUAGCGAGCGCGUCCAUCACAUGCAGCCGACUGUUGGCCGGCUGGAGCUGGGUGAUUAUUUGCUGUAGUGCCAACUGUAAUGCGAGAAAAAAAAAUGCAGCAGACCAGAUAACGACGAUUGCACCUGAUUUGCUGCUGAGGGCAAUGUGGACCGGAAUUUUGGAAUAUCGGACAACUUUCCUCCCCGAAGAAGAGGAACCAAAGCCGACCAUGGUGCAAAUGAGACAAAAGGCCUCCAGACGUAGGUAACAAAUGGAUCUCUAGUUUCUUUUUUUAACCCAUUGCAAUUUACAGCACUGGUUGCCACCAACAAGUCAUGAAGACUCCUAAAGACAAACUGGAUCCACGGGUGUUUUUGUGAAUCAGAGGAACCAGCUGGAUAUUUGUCUGGUAUUUGUGUCGUGAGGAAAACAAAUCCUCUGGAGUCAGCAGUCGCUCGUGACAUUCAAAGACAAAACAAUAAAACAUUUGGCGUUUGACUUUGUCUCAUCAGUGCUGGAUCUUUGUGAAAAGAAAUGUCACUCGCCUUUGCGGCUAAACGAACAGCCUUUUUUUUCUUUUUCUGAGAAUGCUCUAUGCACUACAUUAGUGCUGAUUCACGUUAGUUUUUUCUUUCAAACGACUUUUUUAAUGUUUUAAUUGUCAUGCGAGUUGUUGCUGUCAGACUGUGUUCUGUUGAUGACAUGUUGUGAAUAUGUGGAAUCCAGAAGCAGGUUUUCCUUGAGUUUAACUCUUCAAUGAUGCGGUCAUUUGUCCUCCCUGAAUCGCAUAGAUGACUAAAUUUUGAAAAAAAGGGAAAUUUGUGGAAUUUCGCCCUGAUUGAUGGCAGUUACGAAUAAACUAGUGUUGCGUAGUCAAACCAAUCUCCACAGCGCUGUGUCAGGGCUAAAGAAAGGUCUGGCUCCACACAUUGUCAUUCUGCUAUAGGGGGGACGACACUCUGGCUUGUUUGUAUUUCUUUAAACUAAUCACAAUCAUCUUGGACCAAGCACAGAAUGCAGAAUGGAUAGUGGGAGGAGGAUCCCAGCUGGCAGCCAAUUGCAGCCUUCUACGCACAGACUACAUCUGGUUGGUCAGUCUGAGAAUGAACAGAAAACAGACCUUUAAUGCAAAUUAUGAAAUACCAGCAUGAUAAAGAUCAUACCUCAUACACACUUGUUCAACAAAUGCAAAACAAAAAUGCACUGAUCACCAAAGCAGAUACAAUAACAGAGAUUACCAAUAAUAUAGAUCACAGUGUUUUUUUUAGAGCAGAUAGGCUUUAAUUCUUUCAAAAGGAUGUCACACUUCAUUGCAUUUGUACAUCACUUAUAACAUCCACACACAAAGCUGAGAGAGCAAGGUGAGAAACUAGUUUUUCUUCUCUUUUCAUGAAAGACCAGUCAUACCAAAUAUGUCAAAGCACACAUUAGUUCAGUAUAUUAUAUCAUAUUUCUCUUUCUCUUGCUCAUGCACAAAAGUAACAGCUUUUCUUUUAUUCAGCCCUGAAAUUGUUUCAGAUUUCCACUUACAGUACAAGACAUCCAUGUGUUCUUGUAAAGCGUCUUAUUCGACCAUAAAUGCACACAUUGGGUAUAUUUUAAACAUGCAUCCUCCAGUGCAUUAUCCAUACGGCCCAGUUGAGAAUUACAUUUCUAAUACUUGGUGGUGUUGGUAUUGAACGCUGUUUCUCUUUCUGCCUCCACAAACUGAACAUUUGGUCUUGUGUAAUCUGACCUCCUUUUGAAUGUAUUUUACCAGUGACUCUAUAAUCGUAAUGCUGGUUCAAAUAUAGUUGCUACAUGUUGUAACAAUUGUAUUUACACAGCUGAUUGUAUGUAAACAUGCUUGAUCCAUUUUGGCAGAAAGUGCUCCUUGUAAAUAUAGUUGCUACAUGUUGUAACAAUUGUAUUUACACAGCUGAUUGUAUGUAAGCAUGCUUGAUCCAUUUUGGCAGAAAGUGCUCCUUGUAAACUUGUAAAACAGAAAAGAUUCUGUUUUACAAGUUGCCAAACAUUUGAGAGUAGUUUCUUUUUCUAAUAUUUGGCCAACAAAGGGACAUACAGUAUGGUACAUGUGAAGUCAAUGUGAAAUCCAACAGUGACAUCAUGUUUAGAUAGCAGGAUCAACUAAUAAACAAGUUAUCUGGCUACAUUUCCAUAAUACAACAAAGAACAGCCAACUUCUGACCUGAUUCUAUUAGGUUGUAUCCAAGAAAAUCAAAAAGUAUUUCCCCUAUUGUUUACAGUCCCUUGCUAUUUGUGUUACUAUUGUGUGUACAUGGAGAGCUGGACAAAAAUGCAAAUAAAUUGUGGAACCAUGUGAAAAUAUAA